AUAUACACACAGAUUGCAUCGUUCCUCUCUCUUUUUUUGUAAUAUACAAGGAUGAACAACAAAAAUAGUAGUAAAUGAAACAGAUUUGCUCAUCUGAUGAAAUUUCAGCUAGGUAAAAUCGAGGGGCAAAAAGAUUAAGAAAGUGAUCCCCAAAGGAUUGAUAAAAUAGCAAAAAACGACAUUGUAUAACAGGGCAGAGGAGAGUCCCAGAAAAUACAAAUACAAUAAAUAAGACACUGGUCCCUCUCACUCUACACCCACGGCAUAGUAAAUACCGAACUCGACAGGAGUCACACACAACACAAAGCUCAAACCUCUCAAAAGCAUAAGCAUCACUCGUUGCUUCAGAUUGGUGUGGGUUUCAAUGGAGAGCUUUGCACUUUCAGCCUCAACCUCCUUCUCUCGCUUUUCCCAACUCCAUCAUCGUCCUCGCCCUGUCAUCUCCAGAUCCCAAUCUCUCAGAUCACCCAUCACCAUCUCCCAACGUUUCUCCUUCCCCUCCAAACCAUCCUCCACCUUCAACUUCAACUUCAAAUUCAACCGUUUCUCAAAACCCCAUUACCCAAUUCAAGCUUCUCCUUCAUCAUCAUCAUCACCACCACCACCACCACCACCACCACCACCACCACCACCUCUCCAGGGUGCAAAGCCCAUCCCUUUCAUUAUCUCCAUAUCCAUCGGCCUCAUUGUUCGCUUCUUCGUUCCCAAACCCGUCGAAGUCACCCCCGAGGCCUGGCAGCUCCUCUCCAUUUUCCUCUCCACUAUCGCGGGCCUUGUUUUGAGCCCGUUGCCCGUGGGGGCGUGGGCCUUUCUGGGCCUCACGGCCUCCGUGGUCACCAAAACUCUCACCUUUACAGCGGCCUUCAGCGCCUUCACGAAUGAAGUGAUUUGGCUUAUUGUGAUUUCGUUCUUCUUUGCUCGCGGAUUCGUGAAGACUGGGUUGGGGGAUAGAAUUGCGACGUACUUCGUGAAGUGGAUGGGAAAGAGCACUCUGGGGCUGUCUUAUGGGCUCACAUUCAGUGAAGUGCUUAUUGCGCCGGCAAUGCCUAGCACCACCGCAAGGGCUGGUGGUGUGUUCUUGCCGAUUAUUAAGUCACUCUCACUCUCUGCUGGCAGUGAACCCGCAAGUCCCACAUCUAAGAAACUCGGGGCUUACCUCAUUCAGAACCAAUUUCAGUCUGCUGGUAACUCUAGUGCUCUUUUCCUAACUGCUGCAGCUCAAAAUCUGCUGUGUCUCAAAUUAGCAGAGGAGCUUGGGGUGAUAGUUCCAAACCCAUGGGUUACUUGGUUUAAGGCGGCUAGUUUACCUGCUGUUGUUUGUCUUCUUCUUACGCCAUUGAUUUUAUACAAGCUCUAUCCCCCUGAAAUCAAAGACACACCAGAGGCUCCUGCCCUGGCUGCCAAGAAACUGGAAAGUAUGGGCCCUGUCACUAAAAAUGAAUGGAUUAUGGUUGGCACAAUGCUUCUUGCAGUGUCUUUGUGGAUCUUUGGAGACACUAUUGGUAUAGCAAGUGCUGUAGCUGCAAUGAUUGGUUUAUCAAUACUCCUCCUAUUAGGAGUCCUUGACUGGAAUGACUGUUUGAAUGAAAAAUCAGCAUGGGAUACCUUAGCUUGGUUUGCCAUUCUGGUAGGUAUGGCAAGCCAGUUGACAAACCUUGGUAUUGUGAACUGGAUGUCUGAUUAUGUGGCCCACAACCUUCGGUCAUUCUCUUUAAGCUGGCCGGCCUCACUAGCUGUUCUUCAGGCAGCGUAUUUCUUCAUCCACUACCUUUUUGCAAGUCAGACUGGACAUGUGGGAGCUUUAUACUCAGCAUUUCUUGCCAUGCAUAGGGCAGCUGGGGUUCCUGGUGUUCUGGCAGCGCUUGCUUUAGGUUAUAAUACAAAUCUUUUUGGUGCAAUAACACACUAUAGUAGCGGCCAGGCUGCUGUAUACUAUGGAGCUGGUUAUGUAGACCUUCCGGAUAUCUUCAAAAUGGGGUUCAUCAUGGCUUUUAUAAAUGCUAUCAUCUGGGGAGGUGUUGGCUCUGUCUGGUGGAAAUUUUUGGGAUUGUAUUGACAUAUUUCCUUGUAAGUAAAUAGCACAUUUCCCGGUUUCAGUAGGCCUUUCUUUUUCCCGGCCGAAAGAAAAGGUCCUUCAAUUGAGGACAGUUGAGCUCAGUCAUCAUUUUGAAAUGAAUUUUUUCUUUCUGCUUUUGGCUUUGCAGUUUUA